UUUCUCUGUGGACUCUGUGGGCUGAUGAGCAGUUUCAUUUUGACCAUGAGAAGUGUACUUGCUCUGAACCAUACAGACAAAGAACAAAUCUAUCGUGGAGUUUACUCUACUUGCAACGGCAGCAAUGUAAAGGAUCUCAGUGAAGCUGAAAUGCUCUAUGACCAAAUGCUCAGGAUAGCAUUUGCAUCCAAACCAGAUUCAACUGUGCAGGCCAUUAUAGUCUUUAUUUUCCUUGUAAGCAUUGUAGGGAUGGUGGGGAAUGGAUGUGUCAUUUGGCUGCUUGGUUUCUGUAUUCAAAGAAAUAAUUUCACCAUCUAUGUCUUGAACUUAGCCAUCGCUGAUUUCAGUUUGCUUAUGAAUACAUUUGUUUCACUUGUCAAUAAGAUAAUUUCUAUGUCAAAUGGGACUGAAAUCAAAACAAUGCAGCUGCUUUUGGCAUAUUUUUUUGUCUUCACACAUGGAGUGGGUUUCUAUCUUCUGACAGCCAUUGAUGUGGAAAGAUGUAUUUCUGUUCUCUUUCCAAUCUGGGCCCGUUGUCACUGGCCAACACACCUUUCCACUACUGUUUCAGUCUUGUGCUGGAUAGUGCCCGCCUUUCUUCUUUUAACUGAAUUCUUGCUUCUUUAUUUUUGUUUGCUUGACUCUUGGGUUAUAUAUGUCAAAACUACUUCUGCUACAAGCCUUUUUAUCUUAACACCAAUCAUUGUGAUCUCUACUCUGAUCCUAUUUAUCAAGAUGUUGUUUAGACAUCAGACAGGGAAGCUUCACACCAUGAUAGUAAUAAUCCUCCUUUGCUUCAUUUUCACUGCCAUUCCAAAUGACAUUUUAUUCUUCUUGUUUGUUAUUCACCGUGAUCUUCACAUUAUUGCAAUUCCAAUUAUUGUCCUGUUAAUUGUUCUGAACAGCAGCAUUAACCCAAUUGUUUACUUCUUUGUCAGGAAUGGGUGCAACUGUAGAUCAUGGGAAUCCAUCAAAGUCACGUUGCAAAGGGUUUUCAAAGAUGAAUCAGAGCUUACCUAG